AUGUCUACCUCAAAUAUGAUAACAGAAGAAAUGGUUCGAAAAUACAAUAAAAGUGAACUCUUAGAUUUUUUGAGAAAAGAAAAGAACUCAUUGGAACUUGAUGAGGACGAUUUGGAAAUUAUUCGCAGGGAAAAAAUUAAUGGUCGCAAUUUUUUAAAAGUGAACGUAGACAGGCUUAUAUAUCAUGGAAUGAAAUUGGGACCUGCAAUGACUCUUAUUGAAUUUGCUAAUGAUAUAAAAGAAUCUCAAGCAUUAAAUGAGAGAAUUAGGAAAUUAGAAUCAGAAAAAGUACAGUUAAAUCAACAAUUAAAUGAUUUAAUUCUUUAUAAAAAAUUUGUUAUUCCUUCUUAUAAUAAUUUGUGGCUGAAUUUUGGAUCCGAAUGGAAUCAAGAAGAAGCACAAAAAAUAAUCGAUGAAGUUUCUACAGAGUAUUUAGGACCGAAAAAAAUAAUUGUUAAUAGUAAUUGCUUCAACAGUUUGAAAAAGCAUAACAAAGUGGAAUCAUAUAGUAAAUUUAAUGAUGGCUGUUUUAAUUUUUCUGAUGAGGCUUACUCAAAUAUUGAAAUUAUCAAGAAAUAUACAUUUUUUAAAAUUUAG